AUGGCAGACAUCCACGAUCACAAUGGUCACGUGAACGGUCAUAACAGACACAAUAGACACAACAAUAGACUUUACGCCCAUGAAAAGCAAAAACCACGAAAGCACUUAAGCGACUUCGGCUGUCACUUGGUAGCGGCGUCUGGAGAAUUUGUGGGCACAUUUCUAUUCUUGUACUUUGCUUAUGCCGGCAAUGUCGUUGCUGUCCUCCAAGAGCCCAUCUCGGGGCCCAAUGGCUCCUUAGCCAACAACACUGUCAUGUAUAUCGCCAUGGCAUAUGGCUUUUCGCUCCUAGUCAACGUCUGGGCUUUCUACCGAAUUAGUGGUGGGCUAUUCAACCCUGCAGUCACUCUUGGACUCUGCCUAUCUGGUCAACUCCCAUGGAUACGUGCACUGUUUCUUUUCCCAGCUCAGAUCACGGCAUCCAUGUGUGCAGGUGGUCUUGUAAACGCCAUGUUUCCUGGAAGUGCCUCUCUCGCAAACACUACCCUCGGGCCCAACACUUCAAUUGCCCAAGGUGUUUUCCUCGAGAUGUUCUUCGCAGCACAGUUGGUCUUUGUUGUCUUGAUGCUGGCCGCUGAGAAGUCUCGCGAUACCUUCCUGGCACCUGUCGGAAUUGGUCUGGCUCUAUUCGUCGCACUCAUUCCAGGUGUCUUCGUAACUGGUGGAUCAGCCAACCCUGUUCGAUCAUUUGGCUGCGCUGUUGGCUCCAGAGAGUUCCCUGGUUACCACUGGAUCUACUGGGUUGGUCCUUUCCUUGGCGCUGCCCUUGCUGCUGGUUACUUCCGCCUCGUGAAGAUGAUGCACUACGAGGAAGCAAACCCUGGACAGGACAGCCCUGUCGACGUGUAA